ACCCCCUCCCCCUCCCAAUAAACCCCAGAAAGCCCCCACGCCCCACGCCCGCACGCCCGCACGCCCGCGAUGCUCACGGCGGUUCCAAUGUUUACCGUGGACGGGAGUGCGUGCGUAGGUGUGCCCGAGAGAGGCUGUCAGCUCAGCGCCAGAUGCUUUGAGUCAUGGAGGAUAUAUUCCAUUGGUGCCGUGAAGGCAACACUGUACAAGUGCGACUAUGGCUAGACGACACCGAACAUGAUAUGAACCAAGGAGAUGACCAUGGCUUCUCGCUCUUGCACUGGGCAGCCAAGGAGGGUCACCUGGGCAUUGUGGAGAUGCUGAUAACCAGAGGUGCUCGGAUCAAUGCCACAAACCUUGGCGAUGACAUUCCGAUUCAUCUGGCAGCUGCUCAUGGACACAGGGACAUUGUCAGUCUUCUGAUAAGACACAAGGCGGAUGUCAACUUUAUCAAUGAACAUGGAAACACCCCACUACACUAUGCCUGCUUCUGGGGGUAUCAGUUGAUCGCUGAGGAUCUCGUACAGGCUGGGGCAUCGGUGUCCAUUGCCAACAAGUAUGGGGAAGUUCCAUUGGAUAAGUGCAAAGGAGCCAUGGCAAAGAAGCUUCACAGUUUGGCAGUUGACUGCGGCCAAAACCUUGAGAAGGUUGCUUUCAAAGAUCAGAGUUGGCUUGGCCUGAAGACUCGUAGCCGCGACCCUACCCUCUCCAGGCACAAAGGCAUUAAUAUCAAUGAAUUGGCCCUUCACACCAAGAUUGCCGUGAGCCCUUCUGGAGAGAUGUGGCGUGGGAAGUGGCAAGGGAACGAAAUUGUUGCAAAAAUUCUGGCUCUGAGGGAAUGCUCUCCUCGAGUGUGCCGUGAUUUCAAUGAGGAGUUCCCGAGGCUAAGAAUCUUCUCACAUCCCAAUGUCCUGCCAGUUGUCGGCUGCUCUAACUCUCCCCCGAACUUGGUGGUCAUCACACAGUAUCUCCCUUAUGGAUCUCUCUAUCAGCUGUUGCACCAGGAAACAUCAGUCGUUGUGGACACGGCACAGGCUCUCAAGUUUGCCCUGGACAUUGCGCGGGGGAUGGCUUUCAUUCACUCUUUGGAGAAGCUGGUCCCCAAUCUGUACUUGUCUUCAAAACAUAUAAUGAUUGAUGAUGACUUGACAGCUCGCAUAAACAUGGCAGAUGCAAAGUUUUCAUUCCAAGAAAAAGGCAAGAUCUAUUCUCCUCAGUGGUUCUCACCGGAAGCUCUGCAGAAGAAACCAAAAGAUCUGAAUGUGAAAGCAGCAGAUAUGUGGAGCUUCGCAGUGACGCUCUGGGAGAUGGCGACCCGUGAGGUUCCAUUUGCUGAUCUUACGCCCAUGGAAGCUGGAAUGAAGAUUGCCACAGAGGGCCUCCGUGUCAGUGUUCCACCAGGCAUAUCUCCGCACAUAUCAAAGUUGGUCCGAAUUUGCAUGAACGAAGACCCCGGCAAACGACCAUCCUUCGACAUGAUCUUGCCCAUAUUGGAGAAGAUGUGCACACAGUGAAUGCCCAUAAUUCUCAGAGAGGAAACUAAACCUAAUGUCAUUUAUGACGCCUUGAAGAUCACAUUCUGGAGAAAUGCCUUUUGGUAUCAUGUUUUCUUUAUUCAGUUGUUGAGGGGUGUAAUGGGUUUACAUUUUUCACAUUUUGCUUGAAGAGAAUGUUGUUUAACUGAGUGUUAAUAACUUAUUUUUUGGCCACUAAUUUUGCAUGGAUAUAUGAAUUCAUUUCAGAUUUCAUAAAGUCAUAUAGCCUUUUUUCACUAAUGUAGUCUUAAAGAAAACAUUGAAUAAAUAUAUAUUUUGUCACCGAGGAUCAUUUCUUACAUGAUCCUUGAGUAGUAUUUUUUAAAGCUGGAUGAAAGCAAAAGCAAAAGUUUCAUGCAUUAUAAUUGCAGAUUUGCUUGCAACAUUAGGUAUAGAUAUGAAAUCAGAACGCUCUCUUUCUCUCAAAAGAAAUUGUGCCACAUUUCUAUUUAUAAGCUUUUUGAGAGUAUCAAGGAAAAUAUUCCGCAAGUUUAUUUCAUAACUACGUUAGAUACUUCCAUUUCCCAACAUUAAAGUUAUCAGGACUACUGACCUGUUAUUGUGCCAAGUAGGGUAUGGUCUAUUUUUGUGAAGUGCAUUUUGAGAAUUUAUGACAGUGCAAUGUAUGAUAGUUAUAGAUAGAUAGAUUAGUAUUUAGUUGACAUGAAUGUGCAUUUAUAGAUGGUACUAUAGAAAUGGACAAGAUCACAUGUAAUCUAGUUUCCUAGAAGCAUGGAAGGCAUUCUGUAAAAUAUAGAAAGAAGAAUGUUACCACAAAUUGACUCUACAAGUAUAUACAUACUCAAGUAUUAUUAUUUUGUAUAGGAAGUGAUACAUACUGUGUAGUGGUCUUUAAAUAAGGAGGUUGAGCAAUCAAUAUAAUUUAGCAGUGAAUUAUACCCGCUUCAAUAGUACAGCCUAGAAAGGUAGACUAGUAUCAAUAUCUGUCUUGUGCAGAAUCCUCUAUAUGUAUCGUAUUGCCUUGUCUCUAGAAGUGAUUAAUCAACAUAUUUACCAGAAAUGAUUGUGCUGACAUUUGGCAGAGAUGCAGGACUGGUCUACUUGUUUGUGUGCAAGACAGGCCAAAGAUUGUACGAAAUCAUCAGGUGCUUCAAAUUUUAUCAUCUAGAUGAGAUUGUAAAGGAAAGAUUUUUUUUAGACAAACAGAGUCCUGGUUGAUGUCAGAUGAACCAACACUUCAUUGACAGUAGCUAUAUGAGUUCAAUCAUGUAGUCGCCUUAUGUUAUUUUUUAAAAAAGAGAACAUCACAUGUUAUCUAUGCAACUUGUAAUAUAGUAGAACUUCUUGCCUUUUAUUUCUUCGUAAUGUAGCAUUAAGGGAUUUCCAUAGAUGAGGUAGAAAUCUUUUAUGCAAAUAACUUGUACUCGACCUCUCCUUGCCUAAUAUAUAAUAAUCAUGGAUAUUAUUGCAUUGCUAGACUGUUCAUCUAUGGAAAUGUAUUCUCUGCAUCUAGUUUUAACCAUGUAUGUCACCACAGAUAGUACUAGCUUCUAGUUACAAACUAGGAACCAUUGAAAUGUAAUAAUGAAGUGUACACUAAUUGUAUUUGAUAGUGUAUAUUUUUAGAUAACUUUGAUGCCUUAUUGCAUUUGCAGUGAUUUCAUUUCUUCCAUUGCAAGUGGAAAUGUUUGGUGCUAAUUAUUAAAAAAAAGCUUGGAUUCAAAUUAUUACCAGGUUAACAGCAGUGUCAAGAACACUUCAUAUUGUAAGUUCAUUGGCAGUCAUGUUAGAGAAUGCUUGUCUGGAUGAUCUAGGUGGCCUGCGAAGGUGCUUUGAUUGAGUUUUUAGCCAAGUGUGUUUGGGGGAAAAGGUGACAAAAUUUCCCGUUUGUCAUGAUAGAUACCUGGUGAUUUCCAAGAAAGGCAUUUGCAUUUAUAAUUGGUUUAUAGUUGCCUGACUUCUUGCAGAUUAUGAUGUCUGUUUGUUUUUCUUUCUUUGUUAUUAUUUUUUAUAAUAGUCAUUUUCCUGCUUUCAUGAUUUUUUUACGUUGGCUCAUUUUGUAUAGGCAAUUAUGAUCUUCCAAGAUUGCUUAUUGAUAUGUUGGUGUUACAAUCAAGGAUAUCAUUUACUUGUAUCAUAAUUCUUUUUUUUAUUUUGAUACUGUUUUGUUUAAAAGGAUGAAUUUUGAUUUAAUGGGUGUGUGGCAUAUUGUUUAUCCCACAUACCUAUCAGUUUGUGAAUAACAACAAAAGAAGAAUAUAUAUAAGAGUGAUGUAAGUAAUCUCUUUGCUAGUAUUGUAUUCUUUCAUUAAUUCUUUUUUUUUUCUUCUUUUUUUAUUGAAUGGCGCAAAUGUUGGGCCUCAAAGAAUCAAAAGUAAAGUUGUCUUGCGUGAGAACAAAUGUUACUCCGGAACUCUGGCUUGGUCUCUCCCGUUGUCGUUGGUCCACGUGGAUGUGCCUUAAGUGUCUCGUCUCGUAGUCUAGGGUCCACUUUGUCCAGCACAAAUGGUAAUGAUGUCCACUUUUUCAGUGACGAAAAAAAAAAAAGAACAUAGUAAUUAUUCUUUAUUAACAUUUUACAAAGUAUUGGUAAUGUGUUCAAGACAGUGAUUAUUUGUCUUCUUCAAAUAAUGGCUUGUAGAUUGUGUGUAACUUGAAAGCAAAAAAAGUUUGUUGUAAGUAAUCAAAAAGUUUUCCCUUACAGAAUCUUCAUUACUUUUUUACCCAAUUUGUAUUUGUCCUAAUUUUUCUUUUCUAGACUAAUAAUGUGAAAAACAUCAUAUUGAUAAUUGGAUUGGUAUUAAUCCCUGUGCAUCUGUAAUGUUAUUCAAAGUAAACUCAUUCUAGGGAGAACACACAAUUAUAAAUAAGAUUUACUUACAUACAUACAGAUAUACAUAUGCAUAGAAACAGACAAGCAUGCAUAUAGAAGUACAAGGUAAAAUGUACAUACGAAAGCACACAAGGACGCACACAUACACACACACACAUAUUAAAUAUAUGUAUAUGUACAUAUAUAUAUGAACCACCUGUUUCACAAUAUAGUUUACUUAACUCAUAUCUGUAUGAACCCACCUCAUUCAGUGUUCCAAUGCUUUUACCUUAUACCCUGUUACCUUGUUGAUUUUAAGCUAUGUUAAUCCCUCUUCCACUAUCCAGCAUUUGUUUAAUCCCGUACAAGUUCACACAUAAGGAAUUAAACUGCUCUUUACUUUACAUUGGUUGUAAAGCCACUUGUAAAUUGUAUGAAACUCAACAAUUUAUUUAUCAUAUAUGUAUUUUUUUUAUUACACAGCUCUUGUGCACUGUUUUAUUCCUGUUAGCUUUUUAUGCCAUAAAAUAAUAGCUUACUUCCAAAUUUCCCCCCAGUAAAUUAUUUUUUAGAUGGGAGAAAAAAUUAAGGAAAUAAAGAGAAAAGCAAACUAGUUAUAAUAUAAUGAUAGGCUUUUGCCGCAGAAUCACGCUACAUUACCCCAACUACAUUGCUAAUUGUGCUGAGUUUAUAAUCCUUAUUCUUAUAAUUAGAGAUAUUUAGGUGUCCCUUUAAGGCCAUACACCCAUGAGGUUUUGUAGUGCUGGUCUCGUCUUGUUUGUUACGUGAACUGGGUGGAUGUUCUAAAGAGACAUAAUCUGUUAUUUUUUGUUAUAUUUUUAUCAUGGUGUUAUCUCCUUAAUGUGUGGUACAGGAUGAAUCUCUUCUGCGUUUGUGAUUUCAGUAAAAGUGUUCUUAAAUCAGUGCCUUUUAACAAAUUAUUUCUUAUAUUUUACCGUGAUUUAUGUGGAAGUCAACUGAUUAAAAGAGUUAAUAAUAAUUUAGUUUCUUAUCUUGAUAAGUAUGGACAGUUUAGUCUACUAAUAGUACUAAGUUUGUAUAAACACUGCCACUUUACGUUCAAUCAAUGCCUGAACCAAAUUACUGAUUAUGUAUACUAGACCAAUUAGUAAAUGUAUGUCAUUUGA